AUGAAUUCUGAGGGAGCUGAGAACAUGGCAGCGACCGCGCCUUCUCCCGUACCUACUGCUGCUGAAGCCCCUCCGAUGGCGACAGAAAGCGCUGGAGAAGCUCCGGAGCUGCCAGCCCCUGGAGGACUGACAAGAGAAAUAUCAACUGAGGAGCAGCCAUCUCAUGAACAAUCGAACCAUGAACAACAGAUUGCCGAAGAGUACAACAAAACACCACCUCUUCCUAGCAGCCCUCUGAGCACCGAUGGCUGGGACGACCGGCGAUCUUUCGAGGAAGGUCUGUUGGAGACAUUCCACGCCAUCGAGUCGCCGGGGACGUUUGCUUCAUUCCAUCCGCUCAAGACUGCCAAUGGACCUCUCAACCCAGGGCUCCAUGUUGCCGAUGUAGGGCCCAUUAGCUUCCCCCUAAAGGAGGAACAGGCUCGCAGCUUGAUCGAAAAGGCGCGGCAAGCCCCAUUCGGCAAGGGCAGCGAUACCGUCGUCGAUACGGCGGUGCGGAAUACUUGGGAACUAGAUCCCACGCAGUUCGAGCUCCGCAGCCCCAAUUGGACCGGCGUCAUCAACACGUUGUAUUUGUACAAGCUCCUGAUUUACGAAAAGGGCGCCAUGUUCAAGGCGCAUGUCGAGUAUGUCAUAUCCGUGGAGCCCACCGAAAAGAUCCCCGGGAUGUUUGGCACCUUGGUCGUUUGCCUCCCGUCCCCUCAUGAAGGAGGCGAGGUCGUGGCCAAGCACUGUGGAGAGACUAAGACGUUGAAGACAUCCAAAUAUAGGGAAGGGUCCGUUGCCGCAUGGUACUCUGAUGUCUCCCACGAGGUUCUACCCGUCACUUGGGGAUAUCGCGUUGUUCUCACGUAUAACCUCGCCCUUGACCCUUCGAGACAGUUGCCCUCUGGCGGCCGCCGGCGAGCCGAAACGCGGAAGCUGCGUCACUCGCUGAGGAAAUGGUUGAAAGGCGGCAUUCCCGGCCAGUCGGACGAAAAUGAGCUCUACUACCGGCUCGACCACGAGUAUACCGAGGCCAACCUCUCCAUGUCGGCUUUGAAAGGACGAGAUUACGAGGUGGUGCAAGUUCUCGACGACCUUUCCACAGAGCUCGAGUUUGAGGUCUUCCUCGCAGCGCUGGAGACCAAGGAAGAGGGCACCGUGGGAUAUGAUCACGGUGGGUAUCGGUAUAAAGAUGACGAUUGGGACGAUGACGAUGAAGGGUGGCACGAGCUGGAAGACGUUCAUGAGGCGUCUCAGCGUGUGAAGCAGCUUGUUGGAGUUCACGGGCGUCCUGUUAUGCGUGACAUAGAGUUCAAUCAGGACCACGCCCUUGACAAUGGUGAUUUCUGGGAUGACGCCGAUCAAGAAGAAGAAUACCAAGGGUUCAUGGGAAACUCGGUUCGCGGUUACAUUAUGAAGUCUGGAAAGUAG